CCGGUUUGUUCAGUAUCCCACCACCUCUGUAUCCAUCCUGAAUUCCUCCUUUGUUUCAAUAUUAAUCAUCAGAAGAAGAAAAAAAAAGCAAGACUUUUCGGCUCGGAAUCACUCUUACGACCAAAGUCACCGCGAAGCGAUCUGAUCUACGGCGAUUCUCGGGUUUGCUUGACCAAGUGAUGGGUCCAUAUGGUGCUUACCGGGACGGUGUAGAUAGAGUGUGCGAUAACAUUUUGGAUUCAUUGAAAGAGGACACUGUUUCGAGAGUCAUACUUGUUGGUGAAGCUGGAAUAGGUAAGACAUGGAUGGCUCGAGAGAUAUGCGAGCGUGCAACUAGUGAGGGACUGUGCUACAUCGCCCUCUGGUUGAAUCUAAACAAAACGAUGGAUGAAAUGUCGCUUUACGGGGAUAUAGCGUCUCAGCUCUCUUUAUUUCUCGAGAAGGAAGGGAGUGAAGAGGAUGACAGUGACGAGGAGAAUGAUGAAGAUGAAGAGGAGCAGAAAGCUCAAGACUUGAUAAGGUUGAAGGAUAAGAUCAAUGAAGAGCUUAUUAAAGAUAACCUUAGGCGUAAAGAAAGGAAGUAUUCUGCAGCGACCCGGAACCGUGGGGGUGCUUCAUUUUACCUCUUGGUUUUGGAAGAUGAAGGAAGUGUGAUCAAUGAGAAAAAAGUGAUGAAAGAUUGGUACCUAGAGAAGUUUCUUGCAUCCUACGGACCUCUAAAAAUGAUUCUCACAAGAAGAAAAGGAGACGAAGAGGCUAUAAACUCUGAUGCGGAGAUCAAGCUCCAUUCCAACGAUGUGUCAUAUGCUUUACGCGACACCAUUACUGAGGAUUAUUUGGGGUAUCUACUCGAGUUCCUUAUCAAAGAUGGAUCACUUGAACACCUAGUGAAAGCAUGGGGGGGGAGAUAAGAAGCUCUUGAUACAUCUUAUCGUGGAAAUGAGCAUGCGUUUGCCAGCAGCAGUCGUUGUACUAGCCAAGUCUCUAAACUCCAUGGGUACGAAGCUUCCGUUAUGCCUUUCUUCUUGUCCAUCUUUCUCAACUUUUGAUUAUGAUCGUAAUGGAGCUACGUCCAUGCAUAAUCCUCUUCUACAUUUCGCAUAUGAGUUAUUAAAAACCAUGAGGGGUUCUAUUGUUGACUGCUUCUGGCAUAGUCUGAGCUUCUUCGAGCACUGUGGGUGUGUUAAUUACCAGGAGUUGAUCGCACAUUGGAUUCUCGAAGGCUACUUCGAUCCUGUUAGAUCGGUUACAAAAGCCUAUAACGAUGGCCAUGCAAUCUUGAUGGAGCUUAUGAACCGUGGUAUUCUGAAGAUACAAGGGGACAAUGUGGUUAUGCCGGAGGUUGCACUGAGCAACUUGAUUGAUCUUCGGAGGCGUGGACUGUCAGGCAUGUCUCGAAUCGGACUUGCUAAAGUUUGUGGUAGUGACAUGACAAAAUGUCUAGGGAAAAUCAACCACGUGGAUGACUUCAUAGAAGCAGUGAGAGUAACGAGGAAAAGAGAAAAAGUUACCACAAUCAUGAUUAGUGGAAAGCGUUUGCGUCGUGAAAAUUCAGAAAAGUUCUUUGAAAAGCUGAAGGAUCUUGAAGUGCUUGGCCUUUUUGAACCCACACUUGGUCACUUUGUCCCGUCCUUAUCAAAACUAAUGAAACUCCGGGUACUUGUGAUCAGGGACUGUGAUCUACUGACAGAUAUUGAGGACCUCAAGGCUCUUCAAGGGCUACAUGUUCUUGAAGUCUCUGGCGCUAGCUCCCUGAAGAAAAUCUCUGAUGAUUUUUUUAAGGCGUUGUCUAAACUUCAAAGUCUUCACCUCUCUGGGCUUCAGAUCGCAUCAUCCCCUUCUAGCAUUUCUGUACUGAUGGAACUCCACUGUCUCAUCAUCAAGGACUGCCCUGUAUUGGAAGAUUUGCCAGACAUACAGGAGCUAGUGAAGCUUGAGGUUGUUGAUAUUUCCGGUGCCCGUGGACUUCAAACGUGUUUUGACAACACAAAAGGCUACAAGAAAGACCCAAGCAAAAACAAAAACUUUUAUCAUCUUACAAAUCUUCAACUCCUUGACUUCUCAGAGAGCCAAAUAGUGCGACUACCAAUAUUCCAGGACUCUGCGGUAGGCAACAAGAUCCACUCCGUGACUCGGCUCUUGUUACGCGAUUGUAGCAAAUUGAAAAGGUUACCUAGCCUGAGGCCCUUGUCAGGUCUCCAAAUUCUUGAUCUUUCCGGCACUAUCAGCUUAGUGAAAAUGGUGGAAGUAUACUUGGAGGAUAAGAAGGAACUCAGAUAUCUUAAUCUGUCAGGCACUAAUCUUCACCAGUUGCCUUCCACCAUCGGUGAGCUAUCCAGUCUUAACAAACUCCUCUUAAAGGGUUGCACCAACCUAGAAUUUCUUCCAAGCAUCAAAAAUCUCACAAAUCUUGAGGUCAUUGAUGUUUCCGGCUGUACUAAGUUGCAUACGAUUGAGGGAUCAUUUGUGGACAUGUUUUACCUACGUGAAGUAAAUCUCUCUGGAACCAAAGUGAAGACACCAAAGUUGCCAACGAAGACUGGAAUCCGUUGUCUAAAGCAUAUUAUCCUGGCAGAUGGGAGGCGCUUUAAAGGUGAGGAAUGGAGCAGAAUUAAGUAUGACAUUGAAAGUGAGAGAUCUGACAAGGCCAGCUCCUCGAAUGCAGUUGUUAAAUCCCAAGAAAUCUCAGAAAUGGAGCCUGGAGAAACAAGAGAGAUUCAAUCAAAUGAACCUUGCGCCAGUGAUUGUUCAGAAAAUGGAGAUGUAAUCAAGGACCGUCUUCUCCAGGUUCCCAUAGACAGGGCUCUAUAUAAGAAGAUAAUAUCAUUGUUUGAUUCCGCAAGCCAGCAGGAAGUCAUGGCGAUCAAUGAAACUAAUGAACUAUGUGAGGAAGCCCUAGCUAAUGCUGAGUUUGUGUCUUUUGUGGACUGUAGCUCUACAAGGCUCACAUCCAUCUUUAACAAGAUCAAAUCAUUGAAGAGCUGCUGGCUAAGGAUGUUCGUGGAUACAAAGAUCCUUUUCGCUGAUGUGGAUGAGGAACGUUUGGGAUCACUGGAGACUCUGUCGAUCACAAAUCUUCCAUUGUUGGAGACUAUAAGCUGUGCUGGUAGCUUCAAGAAUCUGAAGAAGCUAAGCAUAGAUAGCUGCCCGAAUAUCAUAACGCUCUUCCCAGAGGCAUCUCAAAUGCCUAGCAGCCUAAAAGACCUGCAUACAAAGUCUUGUGAGAAGCUGGAGAAAGUUGUUGUAGGAGUCGAACUGUCAACUCUCACUAAUCUGACAUUGAAAGUGGAGAAUUGCCCAAACUUCAAGGAAACUCCGUAGGCUCGCACACUUGGGAACUCAUCAGGGAAGGGUCAUCUCGGAAUCCAAAUUGUCAGAAAUCAGUUGUCAUAAUUUUAUAUUUUCUCUGCUUACCAUUUUAAACUGGACUGGGUUGCGGUAGAUCACAGUGAGGCAUCACCAUGAGAGUGAAGAUCACAGAAGGGGCGGGGGAAAAGAUCUAGUGUAUCUGAAGUUUGCGUUUUAAAUUUCGACCGGUUUCUUUUUUUAUUUUCCUGUUUUAAGAUAUAUAUGAAGUUUGCGUUUGAGUGUUUUUGUUCAAACGUUAUAUGAAAGCUCUAUUUGAAAUACCUGAUGAAUCUUAGGCAAGAAGGCAGUUUAAUCUAGGCAUGCCAUCACUCUUUGUCUUAUGUGAUUAAAAUACUUGAGAUACUCUUGGCCCUUUUAAAUGGAUGGAAGCAUAAAACACACCAUGUACAUAUAAUAAAUUUGCAAGGAAUGAAUCAAGAUUUGCAAAAGUUUAUUGACUAAAUUAGCCUAUUUGCAUACAUGAAGCUUGAAAAGAGAAAAGUACAGAAUAAAUCUAUGAACGCCACUCGUGGUUGUCUGCACACUCCAUUGAGCAAGCGUAUUCAACAACUGAUGAGUCUGACACAGCAGCACCCUUAAGAAAGGAAGGGAAUAUGCAACGCUGAUCACAAACUAUGCAAAAAGGAAUAGUCAUACCAUCGUUGGGAACUAGUUCACCUCCACAGUAUUUGUUCCCUGGCUUCAGGUAAAACAUGUCUCCGAGUACGCAUUUGAUAUGGAGAGUGACCCCACAAUCAUCACAACCGUAAAACCACACGCUCGGAUCUGUCUUCCCCUCGCAAAUAUCGCACCACAGUUGACUCUUUGCGUUUUCGGCCCCAUGAUGUAACGACAAAACAUGAUCGUCGCAGCUGUGUUUCACUUCUCUUGGCAAAGUGGCACACUCAAUGCCUAAAGCGUACUCACAAACAAUACAUCUUAAGACAUUCUUUGAACCUUUACCACAUGCUCCACAAGUAUCAUGCUUCGUUGAGGUGCGAUAUAAUGGAUGGGGAUGCAGUUCAUGGUGAAAAGGCUCAGAGAUGGUAGCACACCGCACAUCUAGUAAAACACGAUCCGAAGUGUAACGGAAGCCAUCGAAAAGUUGAAGACAAUAUGAACAUUCGAAAUGCUCGCCAGCCUUGUAACGAACCUCUAGAGUGAGAUUGCGGUUGGUAAAUAUAUCCCGUUUCCUCCUAGGAAGAUUGGCGCAUGCUUCAUCAAGGAAGAACUCGCAUUGCAGACACUUGUAAAAUGGAUCAGAAUGGAUCGGGAGGAUGCAAGCGUGGCACUGCGCCUUUUCAUAAACGGUAACGCUAUGGUCACCAAGUCUUAGACGAUGUUCAUGACUGAAAUGAAUAAUUUCUUUUUCUUCUAUUACAUCGUACGGAUCCUCGUCCUUCUCUUCGUCAGGCUCAUCUUCAAGUUCUUUUCCAUCCCAGACAUCUUCUCUUGUAGCACACUUUGAAUGAACAGCAUAACCAGGACAACGCUUGCAAGAGAAAGCUCCAGAGCUCCAAUCCAUAUCUUGGCGACAAACUCCACAUUCCAAAUCGCGUUGACCGAGAACAUAAGUGCGAGAAAUGCGAUGUUCAUGACGAUUGAUUCUAAUAACUUGGGGCAAGUCGAUGCAAUCUCUGUGCAUCAUUAAAUCACAUUGAACACAGAAGUAAGGAUUACGGUCACCAAGCGUCCCACAUGCAGAACAAAUGAAUGAGAUCAUUCUCGGAAAGAGGGUGAGUGCAUGGUUGUGGCUCCUUGGUUGAUGAAUAGUAAGCGGUGGUUGGAUUAUCGAACACUUGACAUCGAUGCUGAAAUUACAUAGGGAACAAUGAUACAUCCGAUCACUUUGGUUUCCACAAAAAUGGCACUCACCAUCUGUUAAGUCAGUCGUCUCCCUGGAGACAAUCUUGAGAGGGUGUUUGGUGUGACACGGGUAGUUGAUGACUUUUGGGAAGUCGAUGCAUUGCUCAUGCGCUCCAAAUUUGCAGCUUGAACAGUAAUAUAUGUAUCCACCUUCUUCACGGCAUUCUUGGCACUCAUAUCGGAUACCGUAAUCUGUGUCGACGUACUCUAACUGAUGAUUACAGGGUAUCUUCAGUUUACGUCCGUCCAUAGUUAGUAUGGGAUCCGCUUGUUUUUUGUUGGGUAAAAGCCGAAAGACUGAACAUCAAAAGGCACAAAGUUUGUAUGUGAGAGGUAGACUUCCUUGACAAUUCCUUUCUUUGAUCAGAAUCAU